AUUGCAUCGACUCUCCUUCCCUGAAGGACAUACAUUUUUCAGUACAUUUUUGACCCAGUCAUGGGGGGUAACUCUUCAUCAUCUGGGUUGACUGCUCCACUUUUAGCAACUCCAUGGAGAGCAAUAUCCUGGGGAAACGAACGGGAACUUCUGCAGUACAUGAAGAAUUUUCAACCUCAGCAUGAAGAAGUCAAUGCGAUCAGAGUUUUACUCUAUGGCCCGAAUGGUGCAGGAAAGUCCAGUUUUAUCAACUCGGUCAACAGCGUCCUGCAAGGGAGGAUGACCCAUGAUGCUCUGGCCAGCAACAUAAUGUCUGACCAAAGUUUCACCAGGAAGUAUCAAACCUAUAAAAUCAAGAAAGUAGGAAGGGGAAACUUUUAUCCGUUUGUGUUCAAUGACAUCAUGGGUCUGGAGGACGGAGAUGAAAGAGGAGUCAGAGCAGAAGACAUCAAACUGGCCAUGAAGGGUCACGUGAAGGAUGGAUAUAAGUUUAAUCCUUCAUUUUCCAUCUCUAAUGAUGAUCCUCACUACAACUCCUCCCCGUCCAUCAGUGACAGAGUUCAUGUUCUGGUCUGCAUUUAUUCUGCUAAUGUAGCAGACAUGAGGUUAUCAGUUUUACAGAAAAUGAGAGAAGUCAGAGAAACAGCCAGUGAUCUGGGAAUCCCUCAGCUGGCGAUUCUCACCAACAUCGAUGCAGCCUGUGGCGAAACAGAAACCAAUCUGAGAAACGUCUACAGGAGCAAACAUUUACAGAGAAAGAUGAGAGACUUCAGCUGCAGUCUGGGGAUCCCAAUGAACUGUAUCCUCCCAGUGAAGGGCUACAGUUAUGAAAUUGAACUGGAUCCAGACGUCAACACUCUGAUCCUGAGUGCUCUGAAACUGAUCAUUGAUUUUGGAGACGACUACGCUGACACACUGUGAAGCUAAGAUGUUUAAAGUAAACUUUUAUUUUUCUUUAAGUUGGUUUAACUUAAAACACCAAUCAGGUGUAAACACCAUAGAAAUGGCAAAAGACAACAAAAACACACUUUAGAACCUAAUUAAUUUCUCCUUACUUAAAAAAUAUAUGCAAACCCAUCAACUCAAAAUUGUUUAGUGUUCAUUAAAUUCACUGAGUAACAUUACAUUUCAAUUUUAGUGAGUUUAACUUAAGUUCACAUAAUAAAUAAAAAGUUUUUUGUUUUACUUAAACGGCACCAAAUGUUUUAUUUUCUUUUUUUGCAUCUGUAGAUAAACGCAUGAUAACAUAAAUGUGCUAUUGAAAAAAACAUUUAUUAACUCAAAACUAUGUAUAUAAAAAUAUGUAUAUUUUAUUCAAUAGUUCUUGGCUCAUGCUUUUUAUUCAUUUUCCUAAUUAAACUUUGACAGAAACUAUUUAAAACAGGGAUAUUUUGCUCACUUUUUUCAUUCCGAUUUUCAUCAAGCAGAUCCAGCUGGUCAUGAAAAUGAACAUAAACUCUUUAUGGUUCAAGUUCAAGUUUAUUUGUAUUUCAGCAGCAAAGCAGUUCAGCGUGAUUCACCUCAUAAAAACACAAAAAUACAAACUCAUAGAACACAGUCAACGACUGAAAUGUUACAUUUCGUCAAGUGCUAUUAUUUCACAUCAGAAUGUUGAUUAAUGUUUCAUUGACAUCAGUAUUUUAAAGUCUAUAUUUUAUUGUUUUAUAUGUAUGAUGUUAAUAUAUGUAUAUUAUUUUAAAUGCCUAUAAUUACACUUUUUAGUAGUUCUCAAAUAUCUUGUUUAAAAGAUGAAAAUUAGCUUUCAACUGUAAGCACUAUGAAAGUGGUCACAGUGUUUAUAGGGUUUUCAGGAUUUUUUUUAAUUUUUUUGUUCUUACUCAUUAACUUACCCUACAUUAUAAGUUGUCACCUUGUUUUGCUCUCAUGUGGUUUGCAAUGUGUUUACAGUGUUACAACUAUAUUAUUUUAUCCCCCUGUGGUUUCAGUUUCUCAAUGUUAAUGAGUCUGGAGAAAGGAUGAUGCAAUCAAUAAAGCCUCUUAUUUUGACCUUUGCC